ACACACACACACACACACACACACACACACACACACACACACACACACACACACACACACACACACACAGUUAAAUGCUGAUCAAAUAUUUCUUCUCAUAUUAGAUGAAAGCUCUGCACCGUCAGAAUCCAAACUGAUUUGUUUGCCCCUCAUUUGUCAUUUGAUCACUGUCGUCUUCUUUCCCGUCUUCCUCCUUGUCCGUCCUUUUGUACAUUUUUUGUGCAGCUCCUUGGUAUAAGCAAACAUGUUUCCACAAACACGUGGGUUCAACUCUUACCGAGGGCUGAGAGAAGGGAAAAGGAAGAAGCGAGUGAGGGAAGUAGGAGGUCUGGGGACUGGGAUGUGGGCAGCGUUUGAAGAAGGGGAAUGUAUCAGACAGUGGGUAAACACUGCUACUAGCUUGAAAAGACACACACAUACACACACAUGCGGACACAUUAACACACUCUCCAUUCCAUAAUUUCUCUGGAAAUUUAAGGCAACCUGUUUCCGCUCGGCAGCUCCCGGUUUACAGGAUUGCCUAUAUCACCAGCUGUCUCCAUGGCUGUCCUGUGCUGCGCCGUGCUGCUGUUGUGUGUUUUUCACUCUGCUUCAGCCACGGUUAUAGCUGAUGCAGACUACGGGGGUGUUCCUCUGUGGAUUGACCGCCUGCUGGGCGAGCCAAGCGUGCUGAGCCUGCAGGGGCGGAUGGACCCGGUCUGGUUCCGAGCUAACAACCCGCAGGCCUGCCCUCGACAAUGUGACUGCCCCAUCCAGUGGCCCACGGCCCUGUACUGUGACCUCAGAGAGUUGGUGGACGUCCCUGACAACCUGCCGGACAGAACUCAAUACCUAUUUCUACAGGGCAACAACAUUUCAUCCCUGUCCUCCGCUGUACUGCUCAACAUUACUGGGCUGCGCUGGCUCAUCCUGGACCACAACCAGCUGACGAGUGACAAGCUGGACCGGACCACCCUGCAGAAUCAGACCGAGCUGUGCUACUUUUUCGCCAACCACAACCAGCUGAGUUUAGUGCCAAAUGGUCUACCAGCAGGACUCAGGCAGCUGCGACUGGCCCACAACCAAAUUAGCAGCAUCAGCCCUGGAGCUUUCAGUAACCUGCAAAACCUGACGCUUCUGCUGUUGCAGGGAAAUCGACUGCGAACCAUCAACGAGGGAGACCUCAACGGUCUGGUCAGUCUGAAUCUGUUGGAUCUCGGUGGGAAUUUGUUCUCGUCUGUCCCCAGGCAUUUACCUUUAUCCCUCCAGCAGCUAUAUCUGUCUAAUAACUCCGUCCCUGGGCUGGAAAAGGACAUUUUUAAGGGCCUCUUCAACCUAAAGUAUCUCCGUCUAAGUCACUGUGGUCUGCAGAGUGGCAGCGUCCACCCGUGGGUCUUCAAUUUCUCCAGCUUGGUGGAACUGGACCUUUCUUAUAACAAACUUACUACUAUUCCCGCAGUCCCCAGCAGCCUGCAGUACCUCUACCUGGAGGCCAAUGAAAUACAAGGUGAUGUGCACACAUACAAAGAAAAUGCGCAUGCAUUCAAACAAGGAGGCAGUCACCUUUCACACUGUGAAUGUAGAGGUGUCGCUGACUUCAUUUCUAGAAAAUGCUCACUACCCACACGUGUGCACUUUCAUCCAUUUUUCAGUACUAUUGAGUUCUCUAGGUGACCACAUGUGGAGGUCUGACACCCAAACACUGCUGCAAGGGGGAAGAAGAAAUGUGGAAAAUGUGCCAAGAACUGUGAGCAAACGUGAGCAGCCCCAGCCUGCCACAACACAGCAGACCCUCUUCACUCUGUGUGGACUCAGGAGGGGCUGGGGUGGGGCAGCUUAGCAGGCGAGGCCAGUCAGAGAUGGAAGGAGAGCAUGGAUGAAGGGAGGGGAGGGUCCCAGAGCAAGACAUGGGCAGAAAAGAAGUGAAAAGAGGGAGGAGGAGAUGAGGGGAGGGCUUAUUGGGAGGUUGGACUGGGGAAAGUAGGCAAGCGAAGAAGCGAGCAGAGUGGUAUGAAAACAUCUGUAAUGGAUUCAGAGGCAAGAGUGCUAGAUGAGCCAGAAGCACAUGCUGUUCCCCUCGUCAGUCUCCCCUCUGCUCUCUCUAUCUGCUCCCCAUCAUUCUGGUCUUUUUUGACAGUUAGGAUUUGUAUCACAAUGCAGCCGCCUUGUUGCCAGGAGCCACAUCACAUUACAUGACCAUCUAGCAGCAAUGACCUGGUGCACAGUUUUGGCACACAGGCCCCUGGCGAAGUGAAAAAUGUGUUCCUGUUAGUCCGCGUGUGAGGCAGCAGACAGCAGGGCUGCGCACCAACGAGACAGGGAGACGGCAGAACACUUCCACAAUAACACACACCUCAUUGUCUAGCUAGCAGUCUCACGGCUGCCGUGGUUCCUGUUCCAAAGCCUACAGUCUGAGCUGAGAGGAACUUAUUCUACUACUGAAGUGAAGUGAGAAAGCAGAAUGGGGUGUUGUGGUUUUUAUCUGCGUCCGUUUUCACCGCAGCACCUGCAAGGCAACUAAUGGUGAAUGCAGACUCUUUGAGAAGAAGAGGGACGUAAGGCCGCAAGAAAUGUAGCUGAAAGGGCUUCAUCACCUAAAAAAUAAAGACACGUUGCAUGAAGUGAAAUCACUCAGUACUAAUUUAAUCUCAACAAUGAUUUGACAAGGCAGCAAUGAGCGGAUGGCUGUUACUGAGUUAAAUAAUGGGUCUCUAUUAAUAAAAUGGUCUGUAUAUACUUUAAAAUGCUGCCCUGUUUCCCAUCUGUUCACCACAGAGUUCAACAUGACCAGUUUCUGCAGAGUGGUGGGACCUCUGUCCUACUCCAGGAUGAAGAUCCUUCGAUUGGACGGAAACAAAAUGUCCUACCGACAACUGCCAUCUGACUGGGUCUUC